ACUUCUUUGCAAUUUUUAUUUAAAUUUGAGAAAUAAAUAGCAGCAACUUAUUUUGAAAUGUAAAUGGUGUCAUGGUUCAUGUUGCAAUAGUACCAUUUCGUAAGUAUGGUCGAAAUUUUGGCGCUAUAUAAAAAAAAUGUUGGACAAGGUGGCUAAAGAUUACGCGGCGUACUUUAAACUAGAUGUUGACGAUGGAUUUCAAACAGUGCAAGAUGUUAUAGACAACAUGAUAACAAGACUGGAAGAAUUAAAUAGUGUUGUGCACAUGAUAAAGUUAAAAAACAGUGAUUGUUAUACAGCUGUAUCAACAGAAAUUAAUAAAUACAGAGCAGAAAUCACAAUAUUGUCUAAAAAAAUUGUAACUUUAAAUGAGGUGGUUAUAACAAUGCAGCACAACAUGGAUAAAAUAGAAAAAGAAGUUGAAAAGGCGGAAUCUUACUUUGGUGUAAAUAAUGAUAGUAAACUAACAAGUUUAUUAAGGCCUUUUUUAAAAAGAAAUCGUGAAACUCCAUCUGUUUCUGAUGAAAUUCCCAAUUUAGAAACACUUUCUAUAAAAAGUGUGAUGCAUAACUUUGAGGAUAAUGUAUCCUGAUAUUAUAAUUCUAUACAUAACAU